AUGGCAGAAGAUGCAGAUACAAUCGUUGAUGUACACUAUAGUGGGGUGUUCACACCUACCCCAUUGAUGUAUUUUAAUGGAGUAAAAGUCUCUGUACCAUACACGGUUGUGAACAAGAUGAACUUCCCUGAUUUCAUCCCCUUUCUGGAAAAGCUUACUAACGAAAGAUGCAGAGAUGUGUAUUACUGUCCACAUGAAGUGAGGUUGUCAGAGGGAUUACAUGAUAUUCAGAAUGACUGCGAUUUUAACGAGUUUCUUGAAGAUAUCAAUGAAAAGAAGAGAUUGGAUGUGUAUGUGGAUCAUUAUCAUGAACCUUUGUUUGAUUGGAUUCAGGAGGAAGAAGCAGACCUUGAAGAUGAAUAUUUGGUUUCUAUUGAUGAUGUUGACUCCAUUUUAGAAGAUGGUCUGAAAGCUGAACAUGUAGAGGACGAUGAAGUUAUAUCUCUCAAAAGAAACUUCAAUGCUCAUUUCCUCAACAAACUUUAUCCAAUACAAAAUGAUGACUUGGUUCAAGAAGAUCAUAAUGCAAUACGACCUAUCUACCCAAGACAUGAUCAUACUCUGUGUAAUAAAAUCAACAACAUAGAAGGUAAGAAGAAGAAAAUUGAUGCGAUUUGA